AUGGCUUUUUCAAUUUCUUUACUGAUGGUAUUAGUGUUGAUCUUGUCCCACCCUCUGACCUCCAUUAGCUGUGACCUGCCUCAGAGCUUUGACUUGGGAAAGCGAGAGAGCUUCACAGCUCUCAACCAAGUGGUGACGAUCUCUCUUUCCCGUCUGAAGUACAGGACUGACUUCAAAUUCCCCCGGGAGCAGCUGGAGGGCGGGGAGUUCCGGGAGGCCCAGGCCGCCGCCGCCGUCCUGCGGGAGCUGCUCCAGCAGACCUUCAACCUGUUGCACACGGAGCGCUCCUCGGCGGCCUGGAGCCCCGCGCCGCUGCACGGACUCCGCUCUGGCCUCCACCGGCAGCUGGAAGCCCUGGACGCCUGCUGGCUGCAGGCCACGGGCGAGGGAGAGCGCGCCCCGGGGAUGCACGGCCCUGCCCUGGCCAUCAAGAGGUACUUCCAGGACAUCCGCGUCUACCUGGAGGACGAGGGAUACAGUGACUGCGCCUGGGAAAUUGUCAGGCUGGAAAUCAGGAGUCGCUUUCUCUUCAUUUACAAGCUCGCCUUCAAUGGCUUCUCUUUGGUAAUUUAUUAUCCAGUGCUGGACUGGAUCAAGCUAAAACAAAGAGAGAAUAAAGAUUUUAGACGACAUUCCUUCUCUGUGGUCCAAGCCCUCAGCUCUGGAGUCUUGUUUGGCCUAUUGACUGAUGCGUCCAGAACUAAAGGUGUGGAAGUUUGGUGUUAUACUGCCAUCUACUGCAUGUAG